AUGGAUGAUCUUCAAAUCCACAAUAACCCCACUCACAAACCAUUAAUAAACAGAGUCACACACAAGAACACCAAGUUCGUCGGCGUGAGGCAAAGACCCUCCGGCAAAUGGGUUGCCGAAAUCAAGAACACCACUCAGAAGAUCCGCAUGUGGCUCGGUACUUUCGACACCGCUGAGGAGGCUGCUCAUGCCUACGACGAAGCCGCCUGCCUCCUUCGCGGCUCGUCCCGACGCACCAACUUCUCCAACGGUGCUGCCCCAUGCAAUCCCGCUCUCUCCUUGAAAAUCCGCAACCUCCUCCACCAAAAGAGAACCCUUAACAACAUUAAUAAUUCCACCAGUUCCCAAAGUAGCAAUGUGGUGGAGGCCGGAUAUCCCGUUUUCGCUCCGUAUAAGCCGGAUUUGAGUUAUUUCGUGGGAGGAUACGAAGUGGGGUCCACUCAUUUGGAUCAUCAUUAUUGUGAUCAAGCUUCUGCUUAUUAUAAUCAGGUUGAUUUUGAGAAGAUGUCUACUCAAGAAGAUGGCUUCUUUGACGCAAAAACAGAAGUUGAGGUUCAAAAUGAAACGGGAUUUACAGAUUUCGAACGGAUCAAAGUCGAAAGACAGAUAUCAGCAUCGCUCUAUGCAAUGAAUGGUGUGAGUGAGUAUUGGGACAAUAUCAACGAGUACUCCAAUGAUUCUUUUUGGGAUGUUACAACUUUGUGCCAUAUGUUCUGUCCGAUUUAA